CUGGUGCGUCUUAGCUUUAUUUUAGCUGCAUCUCGUUUCUGAAACUGUGUUUAUUCCGCCGGUCGCGUUAGUUACAUGCCGUGCUAAAAUGGGGCUGCUUUAAUCGCUAACAAGCUGCCAACCCGUCAAUUUAUACCAACUGGUAGUUCAUGCACAGCCGUGUUGCAAUAAAGUUACAGCUAAGUUAAAUAUCACUGCUGUGGACAGUUUUAUACAUCAUUAGUGGGAGAUCUUUCACGAUCAAAGCAGUGUGAACCUGUCUGUAACUUCUAAAUGCGUUGUAAUCUCUAGAGCUUUAAUUUUAGACUCACACGCAGCUCUUGUAUGUUGUUAGCAUCUCCCACUGUCAGUAAUGAGAUGUUGGAAAGCAAGUUCUGAAAUCCACGUUUAAAAACGAAACUUUGAGGGUGACUGAUAUGGAGUAGGAUUUCAGAAAGCUAAAAACAAAGUCAGUAAUGAAUUUAAACGUGAACGAACCAUUUUCGUCCUCAAUCUCUGCUGGAUAUAUCCGUGUGUUGAAGGGAAUUAACAUAAGGAAUGUCGUUGAUCAAGUGGGAGGAGGAGGAUGAAUCAGAGGUGGAAGGUUGACGACUCCGUCUCCAAGUGUGGCUACCAGAUAAGACCAGUCAACAGCGCUGCCUUUAACUCGCUCGAAGCCCCUUCUGUCAAAAAGGAAGACGACGAGCUGGGAAAGUUCGUGGACUUGGACUUUAUUCUGUCCAAUACGAUGGGUUCGGAGGCCAGGAGCGCAGGGGGUCACCAUUCCACAUACCCUCUCCCGGAGACCCCGGAAAGCUGCAGCACUGUGUAUGACAGCGACGGGCCGUACCCUCCAUCCGCUAACUACGGCAGUCAGAACUUUGCGGGCAGCCCUAACCAAAGCUUAGUGGCCGAGUUACUCACCCCGGACCUGCCCAGCAGCUUCCCUGGUGCCUGUGAGCUCGGCCAGGACUUCAGCAUCAAAGCUGCCAUGGAGAGCACGGAGUACACGGAGCUGAGAUCGCCCAGCAUGGGACACUCUCUCCCCAGGGCCAUGCCAAUGGAUCAUGUUCAGCAUAUGACACCGAAAAUCAAGAGGGAAUCUCAGUCCGGCCAGUCCUGUAUGUUGGCCGCCUCUCCCUCGGAAUGCAUGGGUCCAAUGAUGGAGCAGAAACCCAGCCUGACUGCGACACGCCACCAGCCAAUGAGCCGCCACGCCUUCGGGCAUCAGCGGGUGGUAUCGGGCCAAAUGAUGCCCAGCAAGGACUGCCAGGCAGCGCCGGACCUGCAUCGCCGCCCGCACCUCUCAGUAGCCCAGCAUUACCAGCUCGCCUACCCGCAGCCCCACUAUGGCCAACACAGCCAGAGCCACUUCCACGGACAGUUCAAUGUCUACCGAGACCCUCUGAAGGGACACCCGGGCAUACACGGGAGGAUGCUGACUCCCCCGUCGUCCCCUCUCCUCGACUUCUUCCCCGCCGUGGGGGCCCCCGAUGACAGCAAACCCAAGAGAGGCCGCCGUUCCUGGGCCAGGAAACGAACGGCCACCCACAACUGCGAGUUUCCCGGCUGCGGCAAAAUGUACACCAAGAGCUCCCAUCUGAAGGCACACAUGAGGACUCACACAGGUGAAAAGCCUUAUCAUUGCAACUGGGAAGGUUGUGGCUGGAAAUUCGCCCGAUCCGACGAAUUAACUCGCCAUUAUCGCAAACACACCGGUCACCGACCCUUCCAGUGCCAUCUCUGUGAGAGGGCGUUCUCCAGGUCUGACCACCUCGCCUUACACAUGAAGCGCCACAUGUAAACCGCGAGGACCGAACUCGGACGCAAUAUUUAUACGGAUCAAAUUAUUUACAGUUUUUUUCAUACUGGGUAAUGACUAAUUUAUGUAUAUAAAGGAACGUUUUAAAAGAAAAAAAGCACUAAAUUAUUACUCAGUAUUUAAAGCGAGAGAAACUCACCCUGCUAUGUCUUCCAGAGAAGAAAAAAGUAUUACAACUGAAGACGAGAAACUCAGCUGGAGGGGAAUUGGGUGGGGGAGCCUUUAUUCUGAAGAAACAGGGCCGGACCCGGUUGUACAUUAAAUGUAUAUAUAGCAUAUAUUGUUUUGGUUAAAGCUGAAUUCGCAAGAAGAACUACAUAAAAUAAAGUUAUACUUAAAAUCCAACCUGUUAUGUUAAAAAUCGCUUGUACAAGAGCAUAUUUGCUUUAGGAACGCUCACUUAACAGGAGACAAGCUAAAUGAAAACACACCAGUUUAUUUGGAAGUGGAGGGCGUUGGUUUUAACUGGCACGAAGGUUUUCAUAACAAAACAGACCAGGUACUGCCUUGGAUGAAGUUGUUAAUCUCUUUUUUUUCUUCCUAUCUUAUUUGUGUUUGUUUAGUUUGCAUUGUACAAAGAACGCAGCAGCUCUUUUUUUAAAAAAAAGAUAUACUUGAAAAAUGUUCUAUUGUAAAUAUAGUCAGAAAAAAAGUUCUCAAAAAGUAACUCACUUCAUUGUCUCGACAUAAACUGAAGAGAACAUGUUCUAUGCAGAUGGUGUUGAAAGAAGUGUUCAGAAGUGCAAUAUUAGUUUUGUUUCCUUUUAUAAUCGGGGUUCUAUUGUUGACACCGAAUUAUCUAAAACACUGGAACUAACUGCUGUUUUAUUGAUGGAAGGUUUUCGGUGAUCUAAUGGCAGUGUUUAAGACACCAUCACCCAAAACCUCCAAUGCAUUCAUUGUAUUCGUGUUUUGAUUUUAUAUAUAUAUAUAUAUAUAUAAU